GAGAUUCAGACAUUACCUUACUUCAUACAACCGCUCUUCGAAGGAUUCAAUUCCAGAUAUCUGUACAAUGAUACAUAUUACAAGCCUGGUGGACCAAUCUUUUUCUACACUGGUAAUGAAGGAGCAAUCGAGGGAUUUGCUGAGAAUGCGGGAAUAAUGUUCGACUUGGCCAUAAAAUUCAACGCUGCGCUCCUGUUCGGCGAGCAUCGUUAUUAUGGCGUUUCGAUGCCGUUCGGCAACCUUAGUUAUACGAAUGUAACAUACCUUGGAUAUAUGACUACAACACAAGCAUUGGCCGAUUACGCAAAGCUGAUACCGUACGCGAAGAAGAACGUCUUCCACUGUGAUCCGAAAACGCCUGUAAUCGCCUUCGGAGGUUCGUACGGUGGAAUGCUCGCCGCGUGGUUCCGUAUGAAAUAUCCUCAUAUCGUUGCCGGGUCAUGGGCUUCGUCCGCGCCUAUGAUGUAUUUCAAAGGUGGUGGUGUUGAUUGGGGAGCCUUCUACAAAGUGAUUACUGAUAUCUUCGAGCAGUCGGGCUGCAAUAGGAACGCGAUCGCUAAGGGAUGGGAUGCGAUAAUACGCGUAGGUCAAACCGCUGAAGGGCGGACAUUUUUGAACAAUCUCUUCCACAUAGAAGAAAAAUCGAAGUUGACUUUUGCUAAUGAGACUGAUGAUUUGGUAUCAUUUGUGCGUGAAGCACUGGACUACAUGGCGAUGGUGAACUAUCCCUAUCCGAACAGUUUGCUUCAACCACUACCUGGAUGGCCCGUUAAAAAAACUUGUGAGAUCGCGGGUAGUGAAGAGCCGAAGGAUGACAAAGGACUGGUUCAGUACAUGUAUGAAAUUGCGAAUUUUUAUUACAACAACACUGGACAAAAUCCACACUUCUGUGUUAAGUAUGAUGUUUGCGGAGACGUCGCUAUUUCGCAACUCGGAUCGCAGAUGGGAUGGCCGUGGCAGGUUUACGUUAUCCAUCGAAUUCACUCUCUGUUCUCCUCUGUUCAGANUUUCUUUAUCACGAAAAUUCAAUGUGUUCUGCAGUGUGUAGCUAAAAAUGUAGAUUCGGUUUAUGAGGUGGAGUACUAUAUAUUUGUAAGUCAUCGUUCAGAUUUAUUCGAAAAUCAGGUACGCAAAAAAUCAGGUACGAAGAUCAGGUAUGCAAAAUUAUCUCGUUUGAUUAAUAUUACCGAUAUUAGGAAUGGCGGCUUCGAUCCGUGGUCAGCUGGCGGAGUGUAUGCGAAUACAAGUGGCAUUAAGAAGGCAUCGAAGAACGGUGUUUACACGUUCUUCAUUCCGGGAUCAGCACAUCAUCUCGACUUGAGACAACCGAAUUCGUGUGAUCCACCUCCAUUGACAAAUGCACGUUAUCAGGUAGACUCCUGUGUACUUCUGAUCCGCAGCACAUAG